AUGAUAGGGCCCUUGGCAACUGCGCCAGGAGAUUUUACUCACGUGUUGGUGGCCAUCGACAAGUUUACGAAGAGGAUCGAGUACAAACCAAUUACAAAGCUCUGCGCAGAUCGAGUGGUUAGCUUCCCCAACACUAUCAUUACGGAUCUGGGAUCCAACUUCCACUCACACAAAUUAUGGGAAUUCUGCGAGGUCAGCGCCAUUGAGGUCAAGUAUGUCUCAGUGGCUCACCCGCGGGCCAACUGCCAGGUUGAGCGCACCAACGGCAUGAUCCUUGAUGGAUUGAAGAAAAGAUUCUACGACGAGAACAACAGAAAGGGUGGCAAGUGGAUCCAUGAGAUCUCGUCAAGCCUUGAUGAGAUCCCAGACAAGGCCCUCAGGAUCAAAGAUGGUUCAAGAAUUUUCCAUUAUUUUAGUGCAAGAGUAGCAGAUUCACUAGGUGGUGCAUUUGCAAGUGUUGUGGGCUUCUAG